AAGCUGAUAUUGAAGAAAACGUCAUUGUCAGUAUAGUUGGAUGUUAGUUAUCGUUGAUUGAAGAUGCAAAAUAUGAAACGUGAACUACUAUGUGUGGUUAUAUUGCUGAGUUCUUCUCAUGUAUUGGGCGAUACCAAAUUAUUGCAUAGUUUAAACAUCUCAGAUGACUUGGGUGAGCGCAUUGAAAAAAUAUCCCUCGAAAAUUUCGAUUCAACUCAAGAAGAAUUGACAAUCCAAGGACAAUAUAAACAAAAAUUCAUUUCGUCUAAUGAAAACAAUCCAAAUUUGCAACUGGUUACAAUUUAUAUAGCCGAUAAAAAUGGCUAUCAUGUUCGGUACAAAUUGUUAUCCGAUAAUGGUGAAGAAUAUGUAUCCGUUCCGGAAUUGAGUGUAUCAUCGCUGAAGAGUCUUGGGGGUUAAAUGCCAUGAACAAUUAAAUUAAAUUAAAUGCCAA